AUGGCCAACUACCUCGCUUCCAUUUUCGGUACCGAGCAGGACAAGGUCAAUUGCUCCUUUUACUACAAGAUUGGCGCAUGCCGACACGGAGACCGCUGCUCCCGUAAACAUGUCAAGCCUUCCUACUCGCAGACCGUUUUGAUGCCAAACAUGUACCAGAACCCGGCCUACGACCCCAAGAACAAGAUGAACCCCAGCCAGAUGCAGAACCACUUCGACGCCUUCUACGAGGAUGUGUGGUGUGAGAUGUGCAAGUAUGGAGAGCUCGAAGAGCUGGUAGUCUGUGAUAAUAACAAUGACCACCUCAUCGGCAAUGUCUACGCCCGAUUCAAAUACGAAGAAGACGCACAAGCAGCAUGCGACGCUUUGAACUCACGUUGGUACGCGGCGCGACCCAUAUACUGCGAGUUAUCGCCCGUGACGGAUUUCCGAGAAGCGUGUUGUCGUCUUAAUAGCGGAGAGGGAUGUGUACGAGGUGGAUUCUGCAAUUUCAUUCAUCGCAAGGACCCAUCUGCGGAGUUGGACCGGGAUAUGCGACUCAGCACAAAGAAGUGGUUGAAGGAGCGUGGUCGUGAUCCUCGCAGUGCUACCCGCAGUCCAAGUCCUGAACCAACCCGGAGGCGGUUCUAG